UGCAGUACAUACACAAGGGGGCUUGGCUCCCGGCGUAACCCGAUCCACGCAGCUCGCCCUUUAAAGGAAUAAGGGAUGAUCCCGGUGAAUGGGGAUCAGCGGCGCGGCGUCAACGUUGUCUGAACUGUGCAUGUUAGGGAAAAUAGCAAGAAAGGGAUAGGAAAGAAUGGGUUCUUAAAAGAGAGCAUUGGGGAAGUACUGCGGAAAGGAGAGCAAGUGUGUAGCACAACGAUCCGAGCGCCGUGAUGUGAAUUGCGGAGAGAAGGUGUCGGUGUGAAAGCGAGAGGUCCAGGAAAACGCGGAGAAAUUCACAAGGGCCGUGAGCGCGUGCGCGUUUGGAAGGCGGGGUUUCGAUGGCGGACGUUGUGGAGAGCUCCGGGACCGGAACGCUGGGGCUGGAGGCCAUGGACUGGCAGAAGCGCUGCGUUGCCCUGGAGAUGCAGCUGCUGCGGUUCCGUCUGCAGGCCGGGAAGAUCCGGGAGCUCCUGGCGGAAAAGAUGCAGGAGCUGGAGCAGAGGGUGACGGAAGCUGACCAGCGGGCGGAGAAUGCUGAAAAGCAGGUACAUGUGAUGGAAGCGAAGCUGAAAUCGGCCAACCUACAGCCCAGCGAAUCAGAAAACUCGUUGUACAGAAGGUAUCAAGAACUGACAAAUCAGGUGCAAGAAAAGGACAUGGUGAUAAAGAGGCUGGAACUCCAGCUGGAGAAGCAGAACUUGGUUCGAGCUCAGGAGGCAAAGAUCAUAGAAGAAAAGGCAGCCAAGAUUAAAGAAUGGGUCACCUUCAAGUUCAAAGAGAUGGAGAUGGAGAACCACCAACUGAAGAUGGCUAACACCAAGCAGGCAGAACAGAUUCUGGCACUCAAAGACAAACUUCAAACUCUGUUGGAGUGCCCCAUGUCUUCUGGAACCCCGGCGUCUCCACCUGCGGACUCUCACCUGGUUCCCUGCAGCCCCCUGUACCCCCCGAGCAGCCCUGGGUCCCCCACUGCCCCUUCAUUCACAGUCAACAGCCCAGAGGUGAAGAAGAAGUUUUCGGAGAACCCCGGCUGUGGGCCCCACGGGGUCUUCCUGACCUCCUCCUUGAUGAGAUCUCCAUGCCACGACAGAGGCGACCCCCUCUCCCUUGGCUGCUGCUGGGACGGGCCCACACAGGACAGGGAGGACCCGGGGGCCAUGGUGGUGGUGCCAGAGGCCCAUGUUCCUGGCCGGGGCCGGGAGGGAGUCCCAGGAUUUGGGGGGAGUGAGGGGGCCUGUGAGACAGCAGAGGGCCUCUCCCCCAAUAGGUCGCACCCCGAGAUGGGCCGGGGCAGGCAGGAGGCGGGGUUUGUGUCGGGGGCGUCGCCAGGCUCGGAGCGGGACCACUCCUCCGACGAGCUCAACAGCAAGUUCCGGUCCCAGCGGCUGCACUCCUCCUCCUCGUCCAGCGAGGCCGCCCCUCCCAGCCCCCCGGGAACGCCCGCCCUGGCGCCCAAAACCCCGCCCCCGUCCCCGUUCUCCGCCUCCCUCCCGCUGGUGCCCCUGGCCUUCCCCUCCGGCAGCAGCAUGACCCUGCCCAAGGUGCGCACCCCGCUCACGCCCCGCGACAGCAUCCAGCUGGUGAAGAAGCACCACAGCCAGCCGCAGCCCGGGUUCGAGAAGCUGCACCAGGUCAACGUCAGCAUCGACAUCGCCUCCCCAGACCUCCUCCGCCCCUGCCACGCCCCGCCCGCCCCCGGACCCGGACCCGGACCCGGACCCGGCCCCGCACCCCAGCAGGUGGAGGAGACGGACAUCGACGAGAUGCCCGACACCAUGGAGGUGGUGGAGGGGACGGAGGUGGGCGGAGCCUCCCGCGACCCGGUCUCCCUCAUUGGCCUGCCGGAGGAGCUGGAGUUCCUGGACCCUGACAUCCUGAAACCGCCCACCCCUCCCCUGCAUCGCUUCCCUUCGUGGGAAAGCCGAAUAUACGCGGUGGCCAAGUCCGGGAUGAGGGUGUCGGAGGCGGCCCCUGGAACCUGGUCCCCGAGUCGAGGCUCCAGCUUACCUUGCUACCCAGCUACCGGCCCGUUCACACAUCUGAUCUACAAGAACGUCAGUGUGCCAGUCUACGCAACACUCAAAGGGAAAGCCACCCAGAUCAGCACCGUGCCCCUCCCUGAUGAAGACUCCGGCUCUGAAGAUGACAGCGGCUCGCUUGCCAGCCUGCGAACCUCCACCCUGGGCCCGGAGGGCAAGAAGGGCAGCACCCCCGGGAGCCCCCGUGCUGUCAAGAGAGGCAUGUCAAUGUCCUCGAUCAGCUCGGAGAGUGACUACGCCAUCCCGCCGGACGCCUACUCCCUGUGCAGCGACUACUCUGAGCCCGAGCACAAAGUGCAGCGCACCUCGGCCUACUCCUGCGAGAGCAGCGGCCCGGAGCCUCUGGAGAAGUCGGGGUACCUGCUGAAGAUGGGGUGCCAGGUGAAGGCCUGGAAACGGCGCUGGUUCAUCCUGAGGAAUGGAGAGAUCCUCUACUACAAAUCCCCCAGUGAUGUCAUCAGGAAGCCCCAGGGGCAGAUAGAGCUCAACUCGUCGUGCCGGAUCGUGCGCGGGGAAGGGGCGCAGACCUUCCAGCUCAUCACGGAGAAGAAAACCUUCUACCUGACAGCGGACUCUCCCAACAUUCUGGAAGAGUGGAUCCGGGUCCUGCAGGGCGUGCUCAAGGUCCAGGCCAGCACCCCCAUCGCCAUGGAGACCGGAGCCAAACCCACAGUGCGAGGCUGGCUGACUAAGGUCAAACACGGGCACUCGAAGCUGGUGUGGUGCUCGCUCAUUGGCAAGGCGUUCUACUACUACCGUAACCAGGACGACAAGUUUCCGCUGGGGCAGCUGCGCAUGCGGGAGGCCGGGGUGGAGGAAGUGGACCGGUCAUGUGACUCAGACGAGGACUACGAGGCCGGUGGGCGGGGCUUCCUCUCCUCGCACUACACUCUGCUGGUGCACCCCAAAGAGCAGAGCCCCACGUAUUUACUCAUUGGGACCAAGCAGGAGAAGGACGCCUGGCUGUACCAUCUGACAGUAGCAGCGGGCAGCAGUGCCAGCCUGAAGGUGGGCACGGAGUACGAGCAGCUCAUCGGUAAACUGCUGGAUGUGGAUGGAGACCCAGACUCCGUGCUGUGGAAGAGCGCCCCCUUGUGUUUCAGCAAGGAAGGGCUGCGUUCGCCCCUCACCACCCUGCCCUCCGAGGCACUGCAGACAGAGGCCCUGAAGCUCUUCAAGUCAUGUCAACUGUUCAUCAAUGUGCUUGUGGAGUCACCUUCUAUUGACUACCACAUGUCCCUGGCCCAGAAUGCCCUGCAAGUGUGCCUGACGCACCCAGAGCUGCAGAACGAGAUGUACUGCCAGCUGAUCAAACAGACCAACUGCCGCACACCUCACAAUUACUCCCUCACACAGGGGUGGCAACUGCUCUCAGUGUGCGUGGCCCUCUUCCUUCCCCAGCACCACUUCCUGUGGUACCUGAGGGAGUACCUGCAGCGACAUGCUGACCCCAGGACGGAGGUGGGGAAGUACGCGGUGUACUGCCAGAGGUCGGUGGAGCGGACGCUGCAGAAUGGCGAGAGGGAGGCCAAGCCGUCCCGCAUGGAGAUCCUGUCCAUCCUGCUGAGGAACCCCUACCACCACUCCCUGCCCUUCAGCAUCCCUGUGCACUUCAUGAACAACACCUACCAGGUGGUGGGCUUUGAUGGAUCCACCACGGUGGAGGAGUUCCUGAACACUCUGAACCAGAAGGCCGGGAUGAGGAAGCCUCUGGUCUCCGGCUUCGCCCUCUUCACAGACGACCCGUCCGGGAAGGACCUGGAGCACUGUCUGCAGCCCGCUGUCAAGAUCUGCGAUGUCAUCUCAAAGUGGGAGCAGGCUCUGAAGGAAUUGCACCCUGGGAAAUAUGAGGGAACCCGCAUCGUCCGCCUAACCUACAAGAGCAGACUGUGCUUCCGAGCCCAGGCGAAGGGUGAGACUGAGCGUGAGCGCCUCUUGCUGGCCUACCAGGUGAAUGACGAAGUCCUGAAAGGUCACUUCCCCGUCAACAAGGAGCUGGCACUGGAGGUGGCUGCUCUCAUGGCUCAGGUGGAAUAUGGCGACCUGGACCGCCCCGCCUCCUGCAGCCCCAGCAGCUCCUUCCCACCAAAAGUCCAGCAGAUGCUGCUGCAGGUCCUGGAGCGCUUUUACCCCAAACGCUACAAACAGGACUGCAGCCUGGAGCAGCUCAGAGACCUGAUGGAGCGCCUGGCCACCAAAUGGACGGUCCUGCGGGGGUGCAGCGUGCCAGAGUGCGUGCGCAUCUACCUGACCGUCGCCCGAAAGUGGCCCCUGUUUGGAGCCAAGCUCUUCAGCGCCAAGCCAGUCCCACCAUGUGCGAUGGAGGACCAUCCCCAGCUGUGGCUGGCAGUCAAUGAGGAUGGACUGAGUGUGCUGGAGUUCAACACAAUGCACCUGCUGGUGACGUACUCCUACCAGUCGGUGAUAACCUUUGGUGGUUGUCGUGACGACUUCAUGGUGGUGGUGAGCCAAAUGAGGGACCAGGGUUUGGGGAAGAGGACCGUGGACAAGCUGGUCUUUUCCAUGGCCAAGCCCAAGAUUCUGGAACUGACCCUCCUGAUGGCCAGCUACAUCAACUACUGGGCCUCCACGUUAUCGCCCUGUGGCCCCCAGCCCUCUGGCCCCUGCGCUCCGCUAAGGGCCAUGGGGGACAGGAAGUUGUGGGACAUAGACAGCCGACACUUCCCUUCCAUGACACGCACCACCAAGGGCCCCACGCUACUGUGAUGAAACAUGGGGGGAAAAAAAAAACCCCAAAGCAUCAUGGGAACCAGAACACAAGAGAAAGAAAUCCCAAGAAAGCAUCGCAGCAGCAGCAGCAGCAGCAGCUCAAACCUGAAAAUCACCAUGGAGACCAUAACAUAACAGGAAGUCAUCCAAGAGCAUCACUUCAGUUUCUACACCCUACUCUGGUGCACUUGCCCUUACCAUGCGUUUAAUACCACCUACUGGUGAACUACCUGCAAAACCAUCUCCCUGCUGUGAGUCUAAAUGUGUUUCACCACAGAGGAAGCACUCUGUAAAGGGGGAGAUUUGGAAUUUUUGGUCUUAGAGACCAUUAGUAUAUGGGUGGAAAAAGCUGAGGAACAAAUCUUUGAUGCUCAUCUUAUGGAUGUCACGGUCUCUGCAUAUAAAUUGCUUUUUUUCUAUUUCCAUGACGAAAGAGCGAUCCUCACUCUUUCUGCUCAAACAUGCAAAUGGAGUAAUGCGUAUUCUAGGACUUACAGAGUUGACACUGUGGUCUAGAACUCUGUGUAAAAAGAUAAAAUGAAUUUUAUUUUGAAGCCAGAAUGAGGACUGGUCUAACUGGCACAGCCGCUGGGCGAUCUCUACUUUGUAAGGAGAUAAUCAGGUUCUAAUCCUGGAACUCUGGCCGUGACUCCUCUUCAACGUGCAUCCAUGCCAGAUUGGCUUUUUUUUUUAACAGGAAAGGAAUGCAAUAAAAAAAGGGAAGACGAUUUUGUUUGCUCCAGUCGCUUAUAUGGAGACCGUGUGCAUUAGAUUUUCCUUAAAAAGACGAGGCUGUUCUAGGGAAUCUAGUCAGUCCAUAAGCGCUGUAACAGACGUUAUCUUAAUUCGACAGCAUGUGUCAUAUUUCGCAUGUUUCUGAACUGGCUAUGAACUCGGCCAAGCCUGAAGCCACUUUAAGUCUUGUUUUGUCAUUUUGACUCCUUAACUUUAUAUAAGCUGUGGGUUCUUUAAGAACUGUACGAGAAAUGUUUAUUUUCCGGUGUGCAUCUGUGAGAUUUAUGUGUGAAAUGUCAGAGGUAUUGAGUUUGCUAACACAGUAAAGAAUUGCUGUAUCAGGCAAGUAUUGUGGGAUAUCAACCUUUAAUAUGUCUGUUGUAUCUCUGGAGUAUGAGUGAAUCAUCUAUGUAGUUUUUACUAUUUUAAGUGUGAAAACCCUGCUAAUGUUGUCAUUUUAAAGAUUGAACCCUGAUGUUGGCAUGGACAUCCUGGGGGACUUACAUCUUUGUAAGUUUUGGUUUACCCAGUUAACUGCAAUUGUCAUCUUUUAGAUGAUAAGAAAAUAAUCACAUGUAUUUGGACAAGGCCUGUGACCCCCCCCUCCCCCUCCCAGGUGCUGUGCAAUGUUUAACACAACCUUUGCCCAGACCUCUCAAAGUUUGUAAAAUGGGAAGUGUGGUUGACUGCAAAAUUGUGGCGACAGCCUUUGAGCUUUUUAAAGCAAAUAUUCAUACACAGCAGUUGUUAUUCUUAGUGUAGUAAUAUUAUGAGGUUUAGUUGUCAUCCACAGUAUUGCUCUCAUAUUAGCAUAUUAGCUCAUAUGGGCAUCUUGUCUCACCAAAUGAACACAGUGAAGGGUUAAAACUGUUUCCUGAAAACCAAACAUAAUUUGAUUCAAAUCAAGUUACCCAUGUUUUCAUCCUACAGUAUUUUGUCAAAAUUACAGAACGCUACUAUUGUGCAUGGAUGUUGUUCUAUCCAACUAAUGGUUCAGCUGGUAGCAGUAAAUGUUCCAAUAUGGAACAAAGAUGUUUAGACUUGACCUUCAAC